AAGAGCCGGGAUUUGAAGUUAGGUAUCACUAGGUUCUAAACUAGGCCUGCAAGCCCCCUCCUCCUGUACUGCACAGAAAAGAGGAGGUGGCUAAAGAGAGGAGGAUAUGAGAUUGGUUUUCUGCUCCUCCCUUUCUUUCCCUGUUUUCCUCACACCCACCCUUUCCCCUACAGCAGCCAUCUCCCCCACAGAGACUGGGAUAGGACAGAGGGGGCGGAGUUGGGGACUGAGGGCUUGGAAGCCCCACUGUGUCCUGCAUCUGAAGAAAGCUCUGGCCAGGGCAGCUGUCCUGGCUUAUGCCGUCCUCCUUCUGCCAUCCUUCAGCAGGAUGCUGGGGACACUGGGGCUCUGGGCAUUGCUUCCUGCAGUUACUGGAGGUGAGUGUCUACAGGAAGAGGCAGGGUCUUUCUACCCAUCCAGUGAACCAGCAGCCACCCCUUUGGAACAGUGCACCCACAAACAGGCGGACCUGUGUGUUCUUUGAGGCCCCUGGAGUGCAGGGAAGCACAAAGACACUGGGGGAGCUGCUAGAUGCAGAACAAGGGUCCCCCAGGGUUAUCCGAUGCCUCUACAGCCGCUGCUGCUUUGGGAUUUGGAACCUGACCCAAGGCCGGGCCCAGGUGGAGAUGCAAGGAUGCCGAGACAGUGAUGAACCAGGCUGUGAGUCCCUCCACUGUGACCCAAGACCACGAGCCCACUCCAGCCCUGGCUCCACUCUCUUCACCUGCUCCUGUGGCACUGACUUCUGCAAUGCCAAUUAUAGCCACCUGCCACCUCCAGGGAGCCUGGGGGCUCCUGGCUUUCAGGGCCCCCAGGCCGACCCAGGUGAGUCCAUUUGGAUGGCACUGGUGCUCCUGGGACUGUUCCUCCUCCUGCUGUUGCUGGGCAGUAUUGUCUUGGCCCUACUGCAAAGAAAGACUCACAGAGUUCGAGGUGGGCCAGAGCCAGAGCCAGACUCAGACAGAUACUGGAGUGAAGAGCUGCAGGAGCUGCCUGAGCUGUGUUUCUCCCAGGUAAUCCAGGAAGGACGUCACGCAGUAGUGUGGGCCGGGCAGCUGCAAGGUGAGCUGGUAGCCAUCAAGGCCUUCCCUCCAAGGGCUGUGGCCCAAUUCCGAUCUGAGAGGGCGAUGUACGAGCUGCUAGGCCUACAGCACGACCACAUUGUCUGCUUUAUCACUGCUGGCCAGGGAGGCUGUGGCCCUCUACCGUCUGGGCCCUUGCUGGUACUGGAACUACACCCUAAGGGCUCUCUUUGCCACUACUUGACCCAGCACACCAGUGACUGGAAAAGUUCCCUGAGGAUGGCAGUAUCCCUGGCCAAGGGCCUGGCAUUUCUGCAUGAGGAGCGCUGGCAGCAUGGCCAAUAUAAACCAGGCAUUGCCCACCGUGAUCUGAGCAGCCAGAAUGUGCUCAUUCGGGAAGACGGGUCAUGUGUCAUUGGAGACCUGGGCCUUGCCUUGGUGCUCCCUGGCCUUUCCCAGCCUCCCACCUGGGCUCCUACUCAACCUCCAGGCCCAGCUGCCAUCAUGGAGGCUGGCACCUACAGGUACAUGGCGCCAGAGCUCUUGGACAAGACUCUGGACCUACAGGACUGGGGCACAGCCCUCCGGCGAGCAGAUGUUUACUCUCUGGCUCUGCUCUUGUGGGAGAUUCUGAGCCGGUGCCUAGAUUUGAGCCCUGACCACAGGCCACCACCCUUCCAACUAGCCUAUGAGGCAGAACUGGGCAGCGCCCCCACCACCUGUGAGCUCUGGGCCUUGGCAGUAGAUGAGAGAAGGCGCCCUUACAUCCCAUCUACCUGGAGCUGCUCUACCACAGACCCUGGUGGGCUGAGGGAACUCCUAGAGGACUGCUGGGACGCAGACCCAGAAGCCCGGCUGACAGCUGAGUGCUUGCAGCAGCGCCUGGCCACCAUGACCCAUCCUUGGCCGGCUGACUCCUUCCCAGAGGGCUGUGAGCUUGUCUGCUCUUCUCUCUGCCCAGAAGACUGUCCCUCUCCGGGCCCUAUCAUCCUCCCCUGCAGGCCUCAGCUAAGUACCUGCCACUCCAGCAUUCAUCAAGGCCCUGGCUCCAGGAAUCCUCAGCCUGCCAGUGCCAAUUCUCUUGUGUAAACUCAAAGCUUAUGUGGAAUCUGUGUACCUUCAGACGUAAAGAUCGGCUGCGAGACCUAGAGAAGGACCGGGACAGCUUGUGAUUUCUCUCCCUAGAUAGGGAUCUCUCCUCCUAUCUCUAGAAAGAGACCUGCUCCGGCUUCGAGAAAAACUUCUCCUUCCUGGAGAUCUGCGGCGAGGGGGAGGACUCCUCCUACGAUAAUCACCUCGAGGGCGACAACCCCAAGAAGGAGGAGGGCCACGAUUUCGACUUAUUUUUUCACCAUUGGACAGUUCCACUCUGACUCGGCAGCCGCAUAAUGUUCUUCCAUCUAGCUCUCAGACAGCAUCAGCUGCAUCUCGGGGAUCCUCAAAUUCAACAAAAGCAAAGCCGGGAGGGUUUCUAGCAACCCACACACUUCGUAGUGGUCCAUAAUAGCCGAAAGCCCGGUCCAGCUCAGUCUUGUUGCCAUUGUUGCCAAGAUUCCCUACAUAAACCUUACAGUCCAAUGGGCAGGAAUCAAGAUGCAUCUAGAGGUCCGGGGUUAGAAGUGCGGAGACUCAAAUCCAAACAGCCCAACGGCCCUCCGGCUCCCCUCCGACUCAGAUACUGCAGAUGCUCUUGCUAACCCGGCGUCCACGAAAUGGCCCUGUCUCAAAAUUUUUAAAAAGCACUCGGGACACAGCUCAGUACAAAGUUCCUGUGUUCAAUCCUUACGAAAGAAAGAAAGAAAGAAAGAAAGAAAGAAAGAAAGAAAGAAAGAAAGAAAGAAAGAAAGAGAGAGAGAGAGAAAGAAAAUGAAAACCAAUUGAGAGUAGUGGUGUAUUCCUGUAAUUCCAGCCUUCAGGAGGCUCAGGCAGGAGUAUGAGUACCAGGCCAGCCUGGAACAUAGCAAGUUUGAACCCAGUCUGGACUAUAAAGUGAGAUCCUGUCUCAGCAACAACUAUAACAACAAAAC